GUGGUUAAACCUCAAGACCUUAAAAGCUUCUGCAAAACAGACGUUUUCCAGACGGCGCCAAAAACAACGUGAAAGUGAAGACAGCAGACAGCAGCUCAUCUGUAUCACUAGUCUUAAUUUUUCUCAAAGAACGUGGAGAGAAAAAUGAACAUAACAGAGUCUGCGAUCCCGUUCACUGAGGUGACUUCAGAAUAUGAUUAUGAAGGUUCCACAACUAUGGGUGAUUAUGAAGGAGGGGAAAUAUGUAACAAAGCAGCAGUGAGAGAGUUUCGAAGCUACUAUGAGCCUGCUCUCUACUGGAUAAUUGUGAUUUUGGGAGCCAUUGGCAACACUCUGGUGGUCUGGAUAUACACACACUUCAAAAACCGCCUGAAGGCGAUGACGGACGUCUAUCUACUGAACCUGGCUAUUGCUGAUUUGUUCUUUCUCUGCACUCUGCCCUUCUGGGCCGCCGACUCCAUCAGCGGAUGGACCUUUGGCUCUCCCCUCUGCAGAAUCGUCUCUGCCAUUUACAAAAUCAACUUCUUCAGCAGCAUGUUUCUACUUACCUGCAUCAGCGUCGACCGCUACAUAGUGAUUGUCCAGACUACCAAAGCGCAGAACUCCAAGAGGGAUCGUCUCCUGUACAGCAAACUCAUCUGUGUGUUAGUCUGGCUCUUCGCGGCUGUGAUGUCCAUCCCAGAGUUUCUCUUUGCUCGAUCAAAAGAGGAUGAUGAAGGCAAUCACUUUUGUACGAUGGUCUACUGGAACAAUGAAAACAAUCGCACCAAAAUAGCGGUCCUGUCUCUCCAGAUCUGCAUGGGCUUCUGCAUCCCUCUCAUAGUGAUGUUCUUCUGCUAUACCAACAUCAUCCGCACCUUGCUGAAGACAAGGAGCUUCGAGAAGCACAAGGCCCUGCGGGUCAUCCUGGCAGUUGUGGCCGUGUUUGUUUUCUCUCAGCUUCCGUACAACAGCAUGUUGGUCUUUGAAGCCACUCAGGCGGCCAAUACGACUGUCACAAACUGCCAAGAGGUCCAACGCUUUGACAUCGCCAACCAAGUUAUGAAGAGUCUCGCUUACAUGCACAGCUGCCUAAAUCCAUUCCUUUAUGCCUUCGUCGGAGUGCGUUUCCGAAAAGAUGUCAUUCGACUUUUUCAACACCUUGGCUGUCUUCCAACCCUCAAGAACUCCAAGUUACUGCAGGGAAGCUCUCACCGCCCCUCUGUUAUGUCAGACACAGAAACCACCAAUGCUCUUUCAUUAUGAUUGGUGUCAGAACACUGUCAGUGAAGCUAGCUUAGCAAAGGCUUCUGUUUUGCUGCAGGUGCUCAGGUGCCCAGUUUCAAAGCAGAAGUUUGAGGUUCCUUAGAAGGACUUUGUAUGAUUGAAAACAUGCUGUCUGGAGGAGGGUGAAGUUACCCGCUCACCACAGUGAGAUGGCUGCUGCUGUGAAUAUUUCACAACAAGAGUUCUCUUUGUUUGCCUGGGCCAUUUAUAUGAGCGGCAAAAAUUCUGAUCAAACAAACAUAAGAACAGUGUUGUGGCAGGGAGAGUGAAUGGUUACUGUUUUGGCCAUUUCAUUGCAACAAUAUUUUCCAUCUCUUGUUUAGCAUUAAUAUUUUCAGUCCAUAUAAAUGUUGUAUAAUAACAUGAUUUGUCAUGUACGCGCAACAAAUUUCUUCUGAAAGUGUUUUUAUUCCCAAUGAUUUAUGAAUGUUUCAAAUUGUUACUGUUUUUUUUCUUUUAGUUGCUGUGAAAAUAUAGCUGUGGAUAUUUUAUUCAUGAUUUGAAGCCAGUUGUGUACUUUCAGGGUAUUUGUGUUGUUUUUGAUUCACGCCAAAAAAAUUAUGUAUAUAUGUAUUUGCUGCUCAUUUUGUAAAACUUAAAACUAUAUAUUA